CGAGCGCACGUCGACUGUCUGUGUUUGCAUUAUUGUUCGAGACAAACUAGAAAUACAGCAAGUUAUUUCAACAGUUGACUUCUGUAUUAAACUGUUGGAGUGCACCUAAGUUUAUGACCUACGUUUAUCAUAUAAAGUUGAACUUCCUGUUGAUCUGACGGUGACGCACUUGGAGGAAAGUGAAAGUGAAGCCGAAGUUCUCCGCACUUGGGUUUGUUUGACUGACGGAAGAUUGAGAGAGGACUCGGCCGCAGAGGUAAAUACGGCAUCGCAGUAGGCAACGGACACAGCAGCUCGCGCACAGGGUGAGUUCCAUCGAUGAACGAGUUUCUGUGAGCAGAGCAGAAGAAGAAGCUGAGCUCAGCUGGAAGCUCCACCUCCAAACAUGGACACAAGUCAGAGCAGAGAGCUGCUCCCAGGUGUGGACAGAGAGGAGGAAGCUCCUCCCUCUAAAGCCCCUCUGGGUGAGGACCAUGGCAGCCAGACCAGAGCUGAGAGAUCAGAGACACUCACAUCAGAAGCUGCUGGACGAGGACACAGACCUGGACCUGCUCCCAGCUGUGUGUCUCUGAAGAGUGAUGCGUCGAUGCAUCAUCCUAUUGAUUUCAAAGGUGGACUAGAGCCUUCAGAAGAGAGAGAGGAUCAGCAAGUCUCAGAUGUUCUGAGUCUCCAGUGUGUCCAGCAGCAUCAGACAGAUCUGGACUCCACACUUCAGCUGCUUGAGGAGACAGUCAUGGCCCUGGUGAAGAAGGAAGUGAGGAGAGUCCAAAGGAUCCUCAGUCCAGAUGAUCCCAAAUACCAGGAUGAUGAGGAAGAGGUGAAGGUGAAGUGUGAUGAGGAGCAGAUGAGGAGCAGCAGAGAAGCUUUCCUGGACUUCAUCAUGAACCUCCUGAGGAGCAUGGAGGAGGAGGCGCUUGCUGGUCGUGUGUGGAGCAUAAGUCGUGGUGGAGUGUGUGCAGGACGACUGAAGAGGAGCCUGCAGAAGAAGUUCCACAGUGUGUUUGAGGGGGUGGCUAAAGCAGGAAACUCCGCCCCUCUGAAUCAGAUCUACACAGAGCUCUACAUCACUGAGGGGGGCACAGACCAGAUCAACCAGGAGCACGAGGUCCGACAGAUCGAAGCAGCAACCAGGAACCGGACCAGAGCAGAAACUACCAUCAGACAAGAAGACCUCUUUAAAGCCUCACCUGAGAGAGAGGGACCAAUCAGGAGCCUGCUGACGAAGGGCGUGGCUGGCAUUGGGAAGACCCUCCUGACACAGAAGCUGACUCUGGACUGGGCUGAAGACAAAGCCCACCAGAACUUCCAGCUCAUGUUUCCUUUCACCUUCAGAGAGCUGAACCUGCUGAAAGAGAAGAAGUUGAGUUUGGUGGAACUUGUUCAUCGCUUCUUUCCUGAAACCAAAGAAUCAGGACUCAGCAGCUUUGAAGGAGUCCAGGUUCUGUUCAUCUUGGACGGUCUGGACGAGUGUCGACUCCCUCUGGACUUCAACAGUCGGGUCCUGACAGAAGCUACAGAGUCCACCUCAGUAGACAUCCUGCUGACCAACCUCAUCAGGGGGAAGCUGCUUCCCUCAGCUCACCUCUGGAUAACCACCCGACCUGCAGCAGCCAAUCAGAUCCCUCCUGAGUGUGUGGACAUGGUGACAGAGGUCAGAGGGUUCACUGAACUCCAGAAGGAGGAGUACUUCAGGAAGAGGUUCAGAGAUGAGGAGCAGACCACCAUCAUCUCUCACAUCAGGAGCUCACGAAGCCUCUACAUCAUGUGUCACAUCCCCAUCUUCUGCUGGAUCACUGCCACAGUUCUGGAGGACAUGUUGAAGAGCAGAGAGACCAGAGAGCUGCCCAAGACCCUGACUGAGAUGUACAUCCACUUCCUGGUGGUUCAGGCCAAAGUCAAGAAGAUCAAGUACCAUGGAGGAGCUGGGACAGACACAGUUUGGGAUCCUGAGAGCAGGAAGAUGAUUGAGUCUCUGGGAAAACUGGCUUUUGAGCAGCUGCAGAGAGGAAACUUGAUCUUCUAUGAAUCAGACCUCACAGAGUGUGGCAUCGACAUCACAGCUGCUGCAGUUUACUCUGGAGUCUUCACACAGAUCUUCAGAGAGGAGAGAGGACUGUACCAGGACAAGGUCUUCUGCUUCAUCCACCUGAGUCUUCAGGAGUUUCUGGCUGCUCUUCAUGUCCGCCUGAUGUUCUUCAACUCUGGAGUCAAUCUGCUUGAUUCACAACAAACCUCUAGACGGUCAAGAAUCUUGAGAAACAAACGUCACAUGAAAAAGUUCUACCAGAGAACAAUAAAUGAAGCUGUAGAAAGUCCAAAUGGACAUCUGGACUUGUGCCUGCGCUUCCUCCUGGGUCUUUCUCUGCAGAGCAGCCAGAGUCUCCUUCCAGGUUUGUUGACACAGACAGGAAGUAGCUCCUGGACCCGUCAGGACACAGCAGAGCUCAUCAAGAAGAAGAUCAGUGAGAAAGUGUCUCCAGAGAGAAUCAUCAAUCUGUUCCACUGUCUGAGUGAAGUGAAGGACACUUCUCUGGUGGAGCAGGUCCAACAGCAGCUGAGAUCAGGACGUAUCUCCACAGAGCAACUGUCUCCUGCUCUGUGGUCCACCCUGGCCUUCAUCUUACUGUCCUCAGAGGAAGAUCUGGAAGUGUUUGACCUGAAGAAAUACUCUGCUUCAGUGGAGGCUCUUGAGAGGCUGCUGCCUGUGGUCCAAGCUUCAAAGGAAGUUCUACUGAGAGACUGUCAGCUGUCAGAGAGAAGUGGUUUCCUUCUGUCCUCAGUCCUCAGCUCUCCGUCCUCUCGCCUCACACAACUGAACCUGAGCUACAACAAGCUGAAGGAUCUAGGAGUGGAGCUGCUGUCUGCUGGACUGAAGAGUCCACACUGUCACCUGGAGACUCUCAGCCUGAGCUGGUGUGAACUGUCAGAGAGAAGUGGUUCCCUUCUGUCCUCAGUCCUCAGCUCUCCGUCCUCUCGUCUGACACAACUGGACCUGAGCUGCAACUACCUGGAGGAUCCAGGAGUGGAGCUGCUGUCUGCUGGACUGAAGAGUCCACACUGUCACCUGGAGACUCUCAGGGAUCAAAAGGAGCAGAGAGAAGAAACAGUCUGGUCAUAUCUGCCCCUUUUUAAUGAGCCAGUCAGAGUGUCAGCUCUGCAAGAUCUAAGGAGUUUAUGUACUCUCACACUCUGACGCACUACAGGAGUCUCCUGGUCGUCAACAUCCGGAACAGCCGUCUGGUCAUUGGUUGAGGAGACUGAGGUCCAGAACAGGUCUCCACUCUCCUGUCUUCUUGGGUACCAGAAAGUACCUGCAGUAAAACACAGUUUAGGAGGAUGGCUUUGGCACUAGCUCGGCUGAGCUGAGCCGUCAGAGAAAGCAAACUUGUGAUAGUUAGGGCCAGAGGCAACUCGGGCUGCAGUGUACCUUGAUCCAACGCUGCAAUUCUCCUAAGAUGGAGACCCGAGGGACCGGCCCAAUCGUCCUCAGAAAGGGAUGAGUCUGUAGAUGACGAUGUCCUGCUUGCCUCUGAGAGGUUUGGAGGGCUACAGACAACAGAAUCACAGACAGACAUCGCAUCAAACAUCGCGCCAGGGAAGUGAGAAACAGAGCCAAGAUACACUGGCUACCCUGGAACGUUGAGUUCAAGCGUUCUGCCCCAACAUAAAACCGGCAUGAAACAUCAGGAGUUUGCAAGCGAAAAUACGACCCAAAAAAAUUAUCUUCACUCUUCGUCACUAAUUGUAUACUGGAGGAGAGCCAUUUUCACCUGUGAAAUGAUCAUUAAGAAUGAAGCAACUAACAUAGGAACGUAACGUGGACUGUCUUUAUGGCGCCACAGGGUGGUACAUUUUUACAGCUGCACGUUAUUUUAUCAACAUCUUGAGUCUUCUCAGUUUACAUGAAAAUUACAAGUGGACAAAACAGACACUUCUGUCUGACUCUGAAAUGAGACCUUUGUGUCACUCAAAUGAGUAUGUGGUUUCACUGUACAGAUGUGUUUUAAUACUAAUACAAACGUUUAAAUUGUGUACUCAGCUCGCGCAAAAUAUUGGAGACCACUUGGAACACAGUUUCAAUACAGUCAUAAUCAAGACAACACACAAAUGCAAUUUGUUUUUAUUGUCAGCCUCUCAUUCAUUCAUUUCAAAUGAAGCAAAGGCUUCAAGACUGUGAACUCUGAAGGAGAGAACAGUAAAGUCAGCAAGUUAGACUUCAAUUUUAAAGUGCAAAUGUGGUCACAUUGUCAUUUUUGUUACAAUGUGCAAUACAUAGACUUUUAAUAAAAGGCUUUUAAUCAUGAAAACAUCAUUUAUUCUGACAAAUAUAUAUAUCUUGUUUCUACAUCAUCAUGACGUAUUUCAUCCAAAUGUUUUUCACUAUCAAUCUAAAAUGACGAAACCAUAUUCAUUAUGAAUUAUUAUAUUAAUAUUAUGCUCGGUUAACAUCAAGCUCAAAAAUAUUGAUAAAGACACAAAUGAAAUUACAGACCUGUUGCAUCACAACGAUGUAAUAUAAUAUGAUAAGGUAAUAUGUUAAGAGCAUAUUCAAUGGUCGGCUUUAAAGAAGUCUCUCUUACUUCCAGUGUUGUGAAACACUUGGCUGAGGUUCUGUGGCCUGUUUGAGAUACAAGCGAAAUGGUUGAUGGGCAUGUGUAAACGUUGAAGACGGGCUGAACUCAACGUUGAGUCGCUUAAGUGGGCAGGACCCUCGAGCUCAACGUGGGUGGAGCUCAAACUUCCCCAAGUAAGGUUCUGACGUCAGUGAUAAGGAGGCAGAGAGAUCAACGAAAUUUAAAGUUUAAAGCUCAACCAACAUUUUUGACGCUGACCCUUCUCACUCUUUCUCUUAGCAGACGCUUGACGGCGAAUGUUUCGAGGGUGUCAUGAGAACAACCUGUAUGAUAAAAAAAGACACAAUAUGGAUUUGUACAAAAAUAGAUCUAAAUGUAAUACUUCUCUGAGCAAAUGAUCAUAGAUUAGUUCAACAAUCAAAACAUACUUAAUCACCAUGCAGCAAGAGAUAAGUCUUGUUAUUGUUCACAAACAUGGACUCUUGUACCAGGAGUCAAUGCAGAUUGCUGAAAAUAAAGAUUCUGUUCCACGGCAUCUCAUCAGCCGUUCAACAGCUCACACACAGACACACACUCCAAACGUACUUUUUUAUCGCUUCUUUUUUUUGUCACAAACCUCUUACCUCUUAUCUGUAAAACAAUUUAAAGCAUGUUAAAAGAAAAAAUGUUACACUAUUCAAGCAAUACAUGCAAUUUGGAAAAUAAAGUGCAUAUUGUUUUGCAGCGAAUUAACACCAAUUCAUGUCUCUGUACAGUAAUUUGUAAACAGUCUCCUAAAACGCACUAUACAAAUCAAGUUGUUAUUAUCACUAUAGUACUUGCCGUCACAAAUGGCCUCAUAAAUUGUGGACAUCUUUGACAGAUAUUGUCUGGACACACUUGAUAAGUGGCAGCGUGGCAUUAAGACGUCAAAGUUAUGCCCAUUUUUCUUUUGUUUACCCAAAAAAAGGGUUGGUUUAUUACCAGCGCAUUGAGUUUUUCAAGCUUUAAUAUAAAAGAAAAUGAAUCUGAAAAAAAUAAAAAACUUUUGAAAUCCUAAAUACAAUUUGAAACAAAACAAAAAAAACCCACAUCUUUUUCCUUGUUCCUAACUUGAAUGAAAGUAAUAAUAAUAAUAAUAAUUUCUAAUUCUAUUACUUUUUUUUCUAUUCAAAUCUUGAUGGCAGAGAUAUCCCUCCAUAGGACCAGUGGUCAGCAAGUGGAGGCUUGUGGGUCCAGAUGAAUCAAAACCUGCUGGUGAUGAAAUGCUAACACUCAGCUGCAGAGCUAACGCUGUGGUUUCAUCACUCAACACUUCAACACUGUAACAAUGGACGACGACAAAGUCUCUAGUCUGAAGUCCUGUGUCUCGAGUGUCCACCAUUCUCACUGCCAACAGUCCCAGACCACCCACACGGGGGCGCUGCAGUGCAGUGAUUCCAGGUUGCUGACUGGAUGAUUUCUAAAUCCUUGGUCAUGUUCCAAAAAUCCAGCAUCAUUCACUGACGUCUCUAUAGUUUGUGUGGAAGUCUGCUCUUCUACAGAAGCUUUUCCUGCUCAUAUUAGAGAGGGAGCUGACGAUAAAGUCUUGUUGACAACAAAACCCCCAAUAUUUUGUUCCUCUUUCAUCAGGUUUGUGCUUUUGUCUUCAUGUUUAAUCAAGUUGAUCCUGACUGAUUGAAACUGCUUCAAAUAUUCCAACAAUAUUGUGAUGAUGAGUUCAGUGUGUCCUCAGAUAAUGAGUUUAAAGUCUUGUCAAAAAAGAGGACUGAAAAAGUCUCACUGGUUGAUGACACUCGUCUCUU